AUGAAAAAUGUCAGUAUUAUUACUGAGUUUGUCCUUUUGGGAUUGUCCAGUGACCCCCACAUCCAGACCAUGCUCUUUGUGCUAUUUCUGGGGAUUUAUCUCCUGACUUUGACGGGGAACGUGGUGAUGAUCCUGGUGAUCUGGGCUGAUUCUCACCUCCACACACCCAUGUACUUCUUCCUUGGACACCUAUCAUUCUUGGAUCUCAGUUUCUCCUCAGUCACUGUGCCCAAGAUGCUACAGAACUUGUCGUCUCAGAAGAAAAGAAUCUCGCUGUGGGGCUGCAUUGCUCAGAGUUUCUUUUUCAUUCUCUCUGGGGUAACAGAAGCUUGUUUGCUCUCUGCCAUGGCCUAUGAUCGCUAUGCUGCCAUCUGCCACCCUCUGGUCUACACCAUGCUUAUAAACAGACCUCUCUGUACUGUGAUUGUGAGCAUAGCUUGGGCAGUGGGAUUUCUGAUUUCCUUGAUGAAUAAUCUCUUCAUCCACAAGUUACACUUCUGUGGGUCCAACAUCAUCCCCCAUUUCAUCUGUGAGCUACCUACACUCUUCCCUCUGUCCUGUACUGAUCCUACUGUCAACGAAAUUCUUGUAGCUGUGUCAUGUGCACUUCUGGGGCUGCUGACACUUCCCUUGAUCCUCUUCUGUUACUCCAGGAUAAUUUCUGCCAUCCUGAGCAUCCACUCCUCUGAGGGCCGAGGCAAAGCCUUCUCUACCUGCUCCUCCCACCUUACUGUGGUGCUCUUGUUCUACGGGACAGCUCUAUUCAGGUACAUCAGCCCCACCUCGGGCUCAGUGUUGGAGCAAGUGGUCUCCGUUCAGUAUGGUGUGAUCACGUCCUUGCUGAACCCCCUCAUCUACAGCCUCAAGAAUCAGGAAGUGAAGGCAGCUCUGAAGAGGAUGAUGAGGCAACAAAGGUGUGCCUUAGGUUAA